GGGACUGACAGCUGCCGCUCGGGUGCGCUUCAGGUGAGCUCUCCGUGCGCGGGAGCCGGGGCCCAUUCCGUCAGAGUAGGGACCAUGUGCGGCUCCUGUCGAUGCUGCUGCCUUUUUGGCCUCGUCCUGUUCCUCGUCUUGAGCCCGCCCAGCGCCCUGGGGCGCUCAGGACUCUCUGCCCGCCUGCUUCUGCCUGGCCCCUUGACCCACAUGGAGCAGUAUGAGGUUGUGUAUCCAUGGAAGGUGCCUGUCCCCAGGGCCCGGAGAGACCUCUCCUCAACCCCGGUUCAGACUCUGCAUCCAGAAAACCUCCGCUAUGUCCUGGGUCUGAAUGGGAGCAACUUCACCCUGCACUUGCGCAGAAAUAGGGACCUGAUGGGGGCCGGCUACACGGAGACCUAUACCUUGGCCAAUGGCACCGAGGUGACCAAGCAGCCUGGAGACUUGCAGGACCAUUGCUUCUACCAGGGCCAUGUUGAGGGGCACCAGGGCUCGGUGGCCAGCAUCAGUGCCUGCCACGGAAUCAGGGGAUUCUUCCAGAUGGGUUCUGCAGUCCACAUCAUUGAGCCCCUGGAGGGUACUGGCCAUGAGGGCAGACAUGCGGUCUACAGAGCAGAUCAUCUCAUUCAGAAGCUAGUGACAUGUGGGGUCAGCAAUACCACCCUGGAGGAGGAUCUGGAACCCAGGAUGGCUGCAGCCCAAAAGCCCCGGAACUGGAAAUCGGGGACAGUCCCAAAGGAAACCUACUACGUGGAGCUCUUUGUGGUUGUGGAUUAUACUGAGUAUGUGAGGUUUAGGGGCCGAGAGGACAUACGGAGUCGAGUGAAAGAGAUUGUGAAUCAUGUGGACAAGCUCUAUCAAGAGCUCAAUUUCCGUGUGGUCCUCAUUGGCCUGGAAAUAUGGGACCGUGGGGACAAGGCCCAGAUCAGCAGCAACCCCGACUCCACGCUGGACAACUUCCUCAGGUGGCGCAGCCAGGAACUUGUCCCCCGAAAAAAGCAUGACAAUGCCCAACUGAUCACGGGUGUGGAUUUCGAACAAACAACAGUGGGGCUGGCCAAAGUGGCCUCCAUGUGCACCUCGGGCUCUGGGGCUGUGAACCAGGACCACCAUGUCAAUCCUAUUGGAGUGGCAUCGACCAUAGCUCAUGAGAUGGGACACAAUCUCGGCAUGGACCAUGAUGAAAACAUCGCUGGCUGCUACUGUCGUGAGGAGAAGAAUGGUGGGUGCAUCAUGGCGGCCAGUCUCAGCACUGUCUUCCCCAAAACAUUCAGCACCUGCAGCAGGGACAAACUGCAGAAUUUUGUUGGAAAUAACAUCUUCCAGACGAGCUGCCUGACAAACUUUCCAAAGCUGGAUGAGAUCUAUGGAGGGCCCGUGUGUGGAAACAGAUUUGUGGAGCGUGGGGAGGAGUGUGACUGUGGCAGCCCAGAGGAGUGCACAAACCACUGCUGUAAUGCUACCACAUGCAGACUGGUCACGGGAGCCACGUGCGCACAUGGAGAAUGUUGCCACGAGUGCCAGGUGGUACCAGCUGGGCAGAUCUGCCGUGAGUCUCAGGAUGACUGUGACCUGCCUGAGCACUGUGACGGCCAGCGGGGAGAGUGUCCAGAGAAUGUCUUCCAAGAAAAUGGCAACCCUUGCCCGGAUGGCUACUGUUACAACGGGACAUGUCCCACCUACCAGCAGCAGUGCCAGGCACUCUGGGGCAAGGGUGCUUCUGUGGCCUCUGACGGGUGCUUCUGGCUCAAUGUACAGGGGAGCUGCUCAGCUCAGCCCCCAAGGAGUUUGAACAAGUGUGGGGUCCUGCACUGCUCUGGGGGGAUGAUCACCCACAGGGCCUACUGUACCAUCACCCUGGGCUGGCUACCGUGUACCAUGGCAGUAAAGGGAAAAGAUGAUGAGCCUUUUGAGAUGGUGGCCACAGGGACCAAAUGUGGAGAGCAGAUGGUUUGCUACGACGGGCACUGUAAGGAUCUCCGCAUCUAUGGAGCCAAGAACUGCUCCAGUCAAUGCAGUGGUCGUGGGGUUUGCAACCACAAGAGAGAAUGCCACUGUCAGCCGGGCUGGGCUCCACCAUACUGCCAACAGAAAGUGGCUGCUGUUACCUCAGGGGCCCAGGGGGUGCUGACAGGGGUUCUGGUGACCCUGGCUGUGCUUGUCCUGCUGAUCGGCGUGGCCUUCAUUCUCUACAAGCGUCGAAUGCUACCUCCUUUGCAGAAGAGGAAAAUUGCAACAGAAACCCCUUCUGGCCUCUCCAACCCCUUGUUCCAAAAAGGGGUCUGCAGAGCACCAGGACCAGUCUCUACUGCACCAGCUGUGCAGCACCCUAAACCCCAGUCUGCUCCGGUGGUCCCUGGACAGCCACCCCCUGCGCUUCCUGAAGCAGCUGGACCCCAGGCACCCUUCAGAGUGCCUGUGUAUACCAGGCAGACCCCUCAGCAGAGCAGACCUACACCGCCCAGCAAGCCACUGCCGGAACUGAAACCUAAGCAGGUGGUCAAGCCAACUUCUGGUCCUCCACCUCCACCUGUAAAACCUCCAGCUGUGACUGCCUCACAGCCCCAGGGAGCUGGUCCCAAGGUGGCUCUGAUGCCGCCAGUCCAGCGCAGGUGACUGGAAACCCGGGCCCUGAGGCUGAAGAGACUUGGGGCCAUGACAAAGGAAUCAGCUAGCUGCUUUGAUGGUCCCCAAUCCUGGCAGGCCCGGACCAUGCUUGAUGUCAAUCAGUCAUCUGCAAUGCAGAGGGAGGAAGGAGCGGCCUGGCUGGCUCUCUCCCCUCCUCUACCCCGCAUCUGGCAACCCUCAAACAUCCCCCAGAGCUGGGGCUGGUGUCUGCCUGUCUCUGGAGAGCCAAGACCUUCCCGGAGAAGGCAAAAGGCCAACCCUGAGCUGGUGCCCAGAUGUUUUUCUGCAUAUGUGGGCCUUUCCCCUCUUCACUUCCCACAGAGUCUCUGGGGCUCCCUGCAGUCCUGUAGGCUGCUCCGCCUGAUGCCUGCUUACAGGAACAGUGGGUCCCAUCCCUCCUGCACCCUGCACCUCAGUGGACAGUCCAGGCUGCUGCACACCGCAGGAUCUGUGAAAUACUCGCUUCCUCUCCCAUCCACAAGGGCCCUCAAAGGUGGCCCUUGCUCUUUGUAUGGGAUGGACAUUUCUCAGGGACAGUCAUUUUACUCCAUUCAUUUCAAGUGGUCCCCAAAAGGCUGCAGUUGUUCAUGUCUGCUAGGCAUCCAGGGACAAACCAGCCUCUAAGUCAAGGCCCCAUCAGUUACCCUGGCCAGCUGUGAACAGUAUGCCAGCCAGACUCUCCCCAUGGCUUGAUUUUGUCAUGGGACCCCACUCGCAUUAGUCUGAAUCAGGUUUGAUGUACAGCAUGGUCCAAGGCAGCAGCCUCUCUGGGGCACCCCAACAUGGGCUGAGGUCCUCUCUGGGGCCCCCCCAACAUUCUCGGUAAAUGGGCUGGGGUCCUCUCUGGGGGCCAACAUGCUUGGCACAUGACCUGGGGUUUUGGGAUAACGGUGUCUGCUGCUCCAGAAAGACUGAAGGUGCUUUUCUGAUUAGUCUUCCUUGCUGAAAAUGCUGCAUUUUAUCAUUAAAUUAUUCUAUGAGAAUCUUUGGGAUAAAGGGCAAAUGCUAUGAAUAUUUUUAUAACAUUAAAAACUCAAUCCUAACCUU